AUGAACCACGAACGCUUUAAAUCGAUCUUUCCAAUCAUUCUGAACGAUGCCCUGGACUACGCGAGAUCCUUCCACGCAUCUGAUGAGAUGCUAUCCUGGUUCGAAAAAUCCCUAACCCACAACACCACAAACGGGAAACACCUCCGCGGCCUCCUCAUCCCCAACACCCUCAGCCACAUCCUCUCCCGCCCCCUCGCCUCCAGCGAGUUCAUCUCCGCCGCGAAACUCGGCUGGCUGCUCGAACUCCUACAGGCCUCUGUGCUGAUGUGCGACGAUAUCGAAGAUGGCGACGUCACGCGCCGCGGAAAGGCCUCCUGGCAUGCUGUUCCCGGUGUCGGGCUAAGAGCUAUUAAUGAUGCCGCGAUGCUGGAGAGUACGGUCUUUGCGUUACUCAAGAGGUAUUUCCGGGACCUGGAGUGUUAUGUUGAUCUGGUGGAGGUGUUUCAUGAGACGGUUUUUAGGACGGGGGCGGGGCAGAUGGUGGAUUUGAUUUCUAGUCUCUCUGGGAAUGGGGUUGGGUCUGGGUCUGGGAGUGGCAGUGAGGAUGUGAACGGGGAUGUUUGUUCGUUUGCGGGGGAAUGGGGCGAGUGUGUAUGGGAAAGGAUAGGCGAGAUGAAGACGGCGUAUUAUACCGUCUACGCGCCGGUGGUCCUGGCGAUGUAUCUCGGUCGAGUAGCCACAGAGAAGAAUCUGGAGAGAGUGAGGUCGGUUGCGUUGCGGUUGGGGGUAUAUUACCAGGUCCAGGAUGACUUUCUGGAUAUUUUUGGGGAGCAGGAGGUAUUCGGGAAAGAAUUGGGGAGGGAUAUCAGGGAUGGGAAGUGUACGUGGUUGAUUGCGGGGGGGUGGGGAAGGGCGGAUGAGGCGCAGAAGAGAGUGCUGCGGGAGUGGUAUGGAUGUGGGGAUGGGGGCGGGAGAGCGGUGGAGAUGGUAAGAGGGGUGUUUAGGGAGGUGGGCAUGGAGGAGGCGUAUGCGGCUUAUGAGGAGGAGAUGCUGAGGAUGAUGGAGGAGGUUAUUGCGGAUAUAGAGGAGGGGAGUUCGGGGUUGAAGAAGGGUAUGUUCACUGAUAUUAUUCACAUUAUGUACAAGAGGAGGAAGUGA